AUGUCUGCAGGCGCAGGGCGAGAGGCCGUCUUCCCCACGCGGCAGGCGUUGGGGCUGAUGAACGCCAAACUGAAAGGCGCUCAGACGGGUCACAGCUUGCUGAAGAGGAAGAGCGAGGCGUUGACAAAGUAUGUGCUGUACACAGAGAUUUUGAAACGAAUCGAUGAAGCCAAGCGGAAAAUGGGCCGAGUUAUGCAAAUUGCUGCGUUCUCUCUGGCCGAAGUGACCUAUGCCGUGGGCGGGGAUAUCUGCUACCAAAUUCAAGAGUCCGUCAAGACGGCACGGUUCCGGAUCAAGACAAAGCAGGAGAACGUAUCCGGCGUCUACUUACCUCAAUUUGAAGGAUAUACAAUUGAGGAAAUAAAUGAUUUUGGCUUGACCGGUCUCGGAAAGGGAGGGCAGCAGGUGCAACGAUGCCGGGAAACCUACACUCGAGCUGUAGAAACGCUCGUUGAACUGGCCAGCUUGCAGACGGCCUUCACGAUCCUGGAUGAGGUCAUCAAGAUUGUGAACAGGAGAGUCAACGCUAUUGAACAUGUCAUUAUUCCACGGACGGAAAACACUAUUAAAUACAUCAACUCGGAACUGGACGAACUGGACAGAGAAGAAUUUUACCGGUUGAAGAAAGUAUCGGGAAAGAAACAAAGAGAUCAAGCGGCCGCGGACGCCGAGGUCGCUCUACAACGAGAAAAGGAGAAGGCCAAAGGUGUCAGCGAGAAUGAAAAUGAGAAGGAGGUGGAGUCGAAAGACGUCCUGGGUGAAAAUGAGGACGAGGAUGUCAUAUUUUAA